AUGGCUGGGGGAAGGAACAGUACAGCAGUUAUGAAGUUCAUUCUCUUGGGAUUCUCUGAAUUUCCCAAGCUCACCAUUGUCCUUUUUACAAUAUUCCUAGGGAUCUACCUCAUGACAGUGUCCUGGAACCUGGGUCUCAUCACUCUCAUCAGGGUGGACUCCCAUCUGCACAUACCUAUGUACUUUUUCCUUAGUAACUUGUCCUUCCUGGAUAUCUGCUAUGUUUCCACUAUAGCGCCCAAGAUGCUCUCUGAUUUCUUCAAGAAGGAGAAAUCCAUCUCCUUUCUGGGGUGUACCACACAGUACUUCUUCUUCUCUAGCCUGGGUCUGACUGAGUGCUGUCUCCUGGCAGUUAUGGGUUAUGACCGAUAUGCUGCCAUUUGUAAUCCUCUGCUCUAUACUGCCAUCAUGUCACCCACCCUCUGUGUGCAGAUGGUGGCAGGAUCUUGUAUAACUGGAUUCUUGGGCUCAUUUAUCCAACUGUGUGCCUUACUUCAGCUCCAUUUCUGUGGGCCAAAUAUCAUCAAUCAUUUCUUCUGUGAUCUUCCCCAACUGCUGAUCCUGUCCUGCUCUGACACAUUUUUCUUUCAAAUCAUGACCUCUGUGCUCACGGUGAUCUUUGGACUCACAUCUGUCUUAGUUAUCAUGAUAUCCUAUGCUUAUAUUGUUGCCACCAUUCUGAAGAUCACAUCAGCUGAAGGCAGGUCCAAGGCCUUCAACACCUGUGCUUCUCACCUGACAGCAGUGACUCUCUUCUUUGGCUCAGGUAUCUUUGUUUAUAUGUAUCCAAACUCUGAUGAUUCCCUGAGCCAAAACAAGUUGGCAUCAGUUUUAUACACUAUUAUAAUCCCCAUGCUAAAUCCAUUGAUCUAUAGCUUGAGGAACAAGGAAAUCAAAGAUGCCCUAAACAGAUGGAAGAAGAGAAUCUUUCUCUGUUGUUACUAA